AGUAAUAUAGUAAUCUAGCGUAAUCAGCUAGAAUUAUGGAUAAGAUGUAUUUGAUGGAAAUCAUUCACAUUUUUUGAAAUUUAUGAUUGUGAUUUUGCUUUGUCAGGUUUAUCAAAAUUAUUAUUGAUAUUAUUACUACUAUUACGACUUUGUCAAUCCUUGAUAAACCAUGCAUGUUUGGAAAGUGAAAGCAUUCAAGUAAACAGUUACAAAUUGUAACAAAUGUAGUGGCAAUGAACUCUGAGUCAAUCUGACUGAUUCAUGCCAAAAAAAAAUUCCCAUCAAGUUAGUAUUGUGAAGUUCCUUUUAUGGGAUUCAGAAACAGGAAGUAUGCAGGUAGUGUUAGUGUUUCAUAGUAACAUGAGAGGGGCACAGAGAUUACAUGUGAACAUGUCAUCACUUCCUUUAUCAACUUCAAUCUUGUGUACAAAGUUCACAAAACUUGAGAUUCUACCACUCUGUACAGUGAGACUAUAUAUGUACUUGCAGUACAUACAUAAUUGAUUAAGAGAGAAAAAAUUGAUUGAAUUGUAACUGAAUGUGACAGAAAAGUGAUGUGAAUAAUGUACAGUAAAUCAGCCAUUAAAUGUACCAGGUCGGGCGUUAGUAGGAGAGGGAGUCUUAACCAAAAUGUGCAGAAAGAAACCCAAACCUCGACAGUUCUUCCUGUUUAAUGACAUUCUAGUGUAUGGCAACAUUGUCAUAAACCGUAAAAAGUAUAACCAGCAACAUGUGAUAUCUUUAGAAGAUGUAAAAUUAGAAGAUGUUCAAGAUGAAGGAAGUCCAUUUUACACAAAAGAUGGCAAAACAGCUUUACGGAAUGGCUGGAAGUUGAUUAGUCCCAGUAAAUCCUUUGUCGUUUAUGCAGCUACUUCAACAGAGAAACAUCAGUGGAUGUCGCAUAUCAAAAAAUGUGUUGAUGAUCUCCUUAUUAAACAGGGGAAAACCCAAAACACAGACAAUGAUUCUCCUGUUUGGGUUCCCGAUGCGGAUGCAACUCUAUGCAUGCAUUGUAAAAAGUCCCAGUUCACGCUAAUCAACCGACGGCAUCACUGUAGAAAGUGUGGGAUAGUAGUGUGUAAGGACUGCUCUAGUAACAAAUGGCUUUUACCACAACAGUCUUCUAAACCAUUGCGUGUUUGUCUAACAUGCCACCAGGCCUUAUCCAACACAAAGGCACCAGUACCAGCGUCUAAUACUCCUGUUAUAGACGAUUCAUCCGGUGACUCAUCUGAAGAUGAGGACGAGGAGCCCUCCAGUCAGGAUGUCAAUGAGGAGAGUAGACUUCCUUCAGAGGUACUUAAAGUAUGCUUAGAUAAACCACAAGAUGUAAACACACUAAUAUUACUUGUAUGAACCUCUAAAGCAUGUACAUAGCAUGAUUGUUUUAAAAUCAUAUCAUAGAUUUAUAGAUAGGCAAAACAGAAUUUGAAUUAAAGAUGUUUUAGUCAAAGAAAUGGAUCUUAAUCCAUAAUCUAAGUUUUGAAUGUACCAUAAUAGCUUUAUUAAAAUGUUGAAUUCUGAAAAAUUUUCUGCAUUUUCAUAAAUUCUCCAAAUAUAUCUUACCUUACCAGCUUCAAAAAUCAUUAUAUGCUAAACUAUUGAUCGCUACAAGCUUACAGUCGUGACUGUUUUGCUGAAUAUGUAAAAUUCUCACAAACCUCAAACAUAAUAACACAGCUGCUUCAAUCACAUAUAAAUAAAACUAACAGGAAAGUUCUUUUAGAUGCCAGCUCCUGAACUUUCCAAGUCACCGCUACCUUACCCUUCUAUCUUGAAUUCUCUCUUACAAUGACAAAAGUACCAUGCACAAUGUGAUCUUUGUGAAAAGGACCAAGAUAUACCUAUUCACAAUUUAAAUAAAUAUUCAUAAGUUUAUUGAUUUAAUGUGAUUACUAUACUGUACAACUGAAGAUCUAUUAAAUAUUGCCGAGCCCGGGCUCUGGUUGCUAGUUAUCACAUUAAAUCACUAAACUUCCGGAUUUGAUUAGAGGAGAUCGUUAGAGUUCACUAAUGCAUGAAAUGACUUCUAAUGAUUUUUGUUUUUAGAUUGACACACUAGAGGUACAGUUAGAUUAUAAUUUUUGCUAGUUAAUUGUACCAUAUACCACUAUACCAAUUUUAAGUAAUACUUGUUUAUUCUUUUCUUAUUUUUGAUAUAUUUCAGGGACAGUUUCAGGCUUAUGACUGAAGAAAAACUAUUCAGAAUAUACAACAGGAAAGACAAAAUUUGACCAUUAAAUCUACAGGGAAUUGAAGCUUAUUCAGUUAGCAGCACCAUCACGAAGCUUCAUUGACUAUCUCCUAUAUUCAAAUGUAACCUUGAAAAUGUUUAUUGCUAUUCGAAUCUGUGAUGCAUAUAUAUGUAUAUAUACAUUUUGUCAUCAAUGGCUAAUGGUGGUGUAUUUCAAUUUCAUAAGCAUUUGAUAUUUUUUAUAUACCCUUUUCAAAACCAGUGUUCUUGUUUUCCUUCUUUAGCUUGCUGGGACUGAAGGUCUAGAGAGCUAUAUUGUUAUUUAUACCCCUGGUGUUGGUGCCUGUGACACCAUCAGAAAACUGCAGGUUCAAGUUUUAUAGAUUUUGUGUUUUUUCAAUAAGCUAUUAAUCUUUCAUGAUUCAAUUUUGUAUGGAAGAUUCGUCAAUAGAAUUUGUGUGUAUACAAGCAUUCCUGAUUUUAAUGGUGCAUCACACAAGUGUUUUCUAGAUGAGUUUUCUGGCAGGUUUAUAAGGAGGUCCAACUCUUAGAAGCUGCUUACUCCACAUGGCUCAAACUUCCAUGGACGAUGCCUUUAUAAAUGCACACAACCACUAGUGAUUCAGAUACUGCAUCUGACUGGCAUGUCCCAGAUUGUGUUGGGUUUUUAUAGAAUGAUCAGUACACAAAUACUGUUUUUUAUACAUAUUAAUUUUUUUGAGUUGGGCAUCUUGGACUCUCACUGCCACUCAUGCUUCAGAUAAGCUGGUUUAGUGAUCGGGUAAAGUUUUUGUAGCAAGCAGAUUAUACUUGUAAAACCUUUGUUAUUUUAUCUUUCCUGGACAUUCCAUAUAGCUAGAAAGGUACUUCAGAUGCCCCAUUUCUGCUUCUGGUCAUAGGGAUCAUUAACCGCACCUAGUGGAAUGAUUCGUCUAUCAUUAUCUGCCAGUGGCUGACUACACGGUAUAAAUCCGACACAUCACUUCCCCUCCCUCCACAAAUUAUACCUUGCCCAGCAAGCUCUGUUGUCGGAACUCUGUUUUCUUCUACCAACUCUUGUUUAUUUUGAGAUUACAGUUUUGGUAAUAUUUUGUUCUUAAUUAGAUUUAUUUGAUAAACAGAAUUGCACAAAGACAGCCAAAUUUAUUUCCGUUAUUUUCUUAUUGUUUCCCACAGUAUUGGUUUUGAAUUAAACAGAAUAUCACGAGGACAUUAAUUCCGAAAGCUAAAACAUGUUUGUAUAGUACUCACAACAUAGUCGGGAUCAUAUGCUUUAGAUUAACAGCAUAUUAUUAAACUUGUAGAACCUUUGUUAUUCUAUAUUUCACAAGCAUUCUAUGUAGCUGGAAAUUUACUUCAAAUGCCACAUUUCUUGCUUCUGAUCAUUGAUGUGAACGAGGGAGUUGUUAACAGCAAUAUCAGUGUGCCCUAGAUGUUUCACCAGUGUUUAUUUUCAGUGACUACGAAAGUAGACAUCGUCACAAACCACAGCCAAUAUGGACGAUCCUCUAGAGCCAUAUGCGGACUGUGGCUUGAGACGAUGCCUAAGUAGAAUAGGUGUUUUCUAAGUGAUGUCUUGUACAACUAGAAAACUAUAGAAAAAUACUUGAAUUGACUGUCCAUAUUUGGCAUUGCAAAAGUAGAUAUUAAAAGCUUGUAUAAAAUGUAAUCAGAAAUCUUCUUUGAUUUUCCUUUACAGUAAAAUUCACAGACAUCAAUGAAAGAAUAAUAUGAAAGGUGUUGCUUGAGUUAAAUGAUCUAGCUUAAUUUUGCUGAGUUUUUCAAAUUUUUGUACAAGAUGAUCUUUCAAAAUCAAGUCAUUUUACAGCCAUCAUGAACCAACAAUGCUAUACUAUUAAUUUGCAAUUGGUAGACCAUGAGUUUGAGUACUGUAUGAGCUUUGAGUAUGAAAUUCUCGAAUUUAAAAUAAAUUUUUUUUAAUGAUGUAAAUCUUAAAUUUUUCAUAAGUCAUUUCUUAUAUUUUUCAUCUAGCACAAUUUUGUUAAUGAAAAAUGCCAUCUAAAUUUUUCAUAUUCACCAGCAUUGGAUUUGAAGGCAAUUGAUGGAUCUAUGACUUUUAUUAAGUGUUAUUUGUUCACUCUCUUAAUAGUCAUUAUGUACUGUAUGAAUAUACCUAUUGUACUUAUUGUAAGGGUUUGCUAUCUACACUUCUGCAUCUUGCUGUAUCUCAGGUUCAAGGUGUUCAUAUGGCAGAAGUGCAUUAUGAUUUCUAUCAAAAAUCCAUUGUUUUUACACAAGACUCUCAGUAUGGAUGCUGGUCAUUGUGACUGUAGAAUGCUUAUUCCAUAGAUAUUGCUAAUCAUUCCAUUAAUUGUUAUCAUUUUAACAAGAAAUGUGAGAGUUAACUAGAAAUUUAUGAGGUUAUGAACGAUUGACAUGUGUCUUUUCAACCAAUGUCCAGUAUGUGCAUGAUUCAAAUUCUCAGCUUGAAAUCUAGAAUGGAUUUUAUGUUUUAAAAAGAAUACUAAAAAUACUUGUAUUAUUUUUAUUCAUGGAACUUUAAGAAUAUAUUUUCUAAUACAGUAAAAUGCAAGGAAUGUUGACUCUAAGAAUUGUUUAGUAUUUAACUUUGAAAAUUCUUAUAAACAUUUAAAACAUUAUUUUUGUAUUGUAAGCAAAAAAUGAACAUAGUUUAUAGUAUGUACAUUUAUUAAUUUUCCCAGGAUGCAAUUUAUGCUUUGUAAUAUUUAAUUCAUCUACAUUAUACAAUAAAUUAUGGAAGCCUGUUUGGGCCACUAA